AUGAUAGUAAUUAAUUUACACGUCUUCGUUUUUCAGAUCAAUAAUAUGACGUCAAAGUCAAACAAGGUUAAAAAAAUCAUCGAAGAAUUUACCGCAUCAAUAGAAGAAAGAGAUAUGGCAAUCGAAGAAAAAGAGAAAAUUAUUGGAGAACAAACACAAAAGAAACUGCACGAUGAAGCGAUAAUACAGUCACUUCAAAAUCAAAUCAAAUCACUUAAAAGCAAUUCAAGCAAUAUGGAUGAUGGCAAUAUUUGGCAAUUGGCUCCGUUAUUAUUCGAGUUGCCAAUAUUGAUUCUAAUGUUUCCUGGUAAAUGA